GCGUGUUCGCAGCAUCUGCUCAUGUGCGCGCGCGACUUGUCUUUUGGCACGCGCUGCGCACUUGGCAGCGACGCUCAGAGGAGUGAGGAGGACUGUGUAACCAAGAGCUAAAAUUGGUUUCGUGAUGAGAAAAAGUGAAGGAGCACCGCGUUGCGAUAUGUUCUCUUGUGUUCUGUAAAGGAUCACUGGAGUAAUCCUGUAGGACAACAGAGGCAUACCGUUUGGAACACUUAUUUGCGCCAUGAAACUCAAUAAUUUGACUUCUUACUCUAAAGAGAACAUGGUCGAUUGAACAUUCAUAAAACAUCCAGUCAAGAAACAAUCGCAUUUACCAUUUCCCCCCAGUAGGAAUGGAUUCGUUCAUCACUUCCACUGACUUCCCAAGUAACUGGACAAUCAACUCCACCGCGCAGAAUGAAACCGAGAUAUACUGGAACCAGUUCGUUCAGCCGGUUUGGAGGAUAGUGCUCUGGGCAGUGGCUUACAGCACAAUUGUCGUCGUCUCCGUGGUGGGCAAUAUUACGGUGAUAUGGAUCAUUUUGGCGCACAAACGCAUGCGAACUGUGACCAAUUAUUUCCUUGUGAACUUGGCGUUCGCUGAAGCGUCAAUGUCAGCGUUCAACACCGUAAUAAACUUUGUCUAUUCCGUGCACAAUGAGUGGUAUUUCGGACUUUAUUACUGCAGAUUCCACAACUUCUUCCCUAUAGCCGCUGUCUUCGCCUCUAUAUAUUCAAUGACCGCUAUUGCGCUCGACAGAUAUAUGGCCAUCAUUCACCCCCUGCAGCAGAGGAUGUCUGCGACCCAGACGAAGGUGGUGAUCGGGGUCAUCUGGAUCCUGGCUCUUCUGCUGGCCUUCCCCCAAUACUACUACUCCGACACGGAUCAGCUGCCCGGCAGGGUGGUCUGCUACAUCGACUGGCCCGAGUACACUCUCCUGGACUUCAAAACAAUGUACUUUGUAUGUGUAGCGGUGCUGAUUUACUUCCUCCCUCUCCUGGUGAUGGGCUGUGCUUACCUGGUGGUGGGAUUGACUCUGUGGGCCAGCGAGAUCCCAGGAGACUCAUCGGACCGUUACCAAGAGCAGCUGACAGCCAAACGCAAGGUGGUGAAGAUGAUGAUUGUGGUGGUGUGUACAUUCGCCGUCUGCUGGCUUCCCUACCAUGUCUAUUUCCUGAUCCACCAGUUCUACCCACACCUGUUCGAGCACACCUUCAUUCAGCAGGUCUAUCUGACUAUUAUGUGGCUGGCAAUGAGCUCCACCAUGUACAACCCCAUUAUCUACUGCUGCCUCAAUGACAGGUUUCGAGCUGGAUUUAAACAAGCUUUCCGCUGCUGUCCCUGCGUCCCUGAAGGAUCCUACGAGGGUCUAGAGCUCAAGUCCACUCGCUACCUUCAAACCCAGACGAGUCUGUACAGGGCCAGCCGCAUGGAAACCAGUGUGUCCUGCGUGAUGCAGCCAUGUGAAGAUGGCCACAAGGUCACAUUCGGGAGCGUCAGAGGGGCUGCUGGAAAGCCAGCAGCUCGCAGCCCGUCCAGAGAGUUCACCUCCAAUGGCUCAUCCUCUCGCAGCAUCUCCAAAACCGUGUCGGAAACCUCCAGCUUCUACUCCAGUAAUAACCUACAGGAAUGAGAGCGGAGAAACACAGUCAUGGAAAACGAAUGCCAACCACACUUAAUUAAAUGAUGUAUCCUCUAAA